AUGGCAUCCGGCAAAGGCGGCGGAGGAGGAAACAAAAACGCCGGCGGCGGCGGAGGCAUCGGGGCUCGAGUCCGUCAAUCCAUCACCAAAGGCAAAGACAAGAAGAAGGUAUCUUAGCCCAGGAGAACAUUCCUUCCUCCCCUCCACAAGACCACUGCUCACCUUAUAUCACAGCAGAAAGAAUCCCUCGAAUCCCCCAAAGCGGCCCGCCCCAAAGUUCAAGCCUACGAAGCCAAGAAAGCCGCCAAGAAAGAGCAAAAGGCCGCCAGACGCGAAGAGAUUAAGGCGACUUUCAACCCGGAUGAUCGAGGUCGGACUGUGCGCGAGAAGACGAAGACGCUGGAUCGGAAUCAGGGAAGGGCGGUGAAGGGGGAUCAUCUUCGCUGCUAA